AUGGAUAGUGACGACAGCUCUAAAUGCCAACUUCCCAUAGUCAUCUACUGGCAACCCGAUGGUGUACGGCAGAACAUUGCAGCAUCCUUUCAGAACUAUGUUGGACGCAUGGAGGAUGGUCGGACUGUUCUGAAGUAUCCGCUCAUUAAUACAGAGGAAGCUUUGCAGUGUCUUCGCGCAGAAGGAGACCGCUAUGUUCGUCUCGGGACUCACGAGAACCUAGUAACGUACAAGGGGUUCAAUGGGAGCGGGCUGCUCCUUGAGUAUUGCGAACAAGGAGGCUUACAUGAUGUGCUCGGAGGAGGAUCUCUCGAAUUGACCGAUUCCCAGAAAGCGACCAUUGGACAACAAAUCGUUCGGUGCCUGAUUCAUCUCCACGACCAUAACUUUAUCCACUGCGAUAUCCAUGCUCGUAACGUCUUCUUGACCUCUGGGCUGGUUGCAAAGAUCGGAGAUCUGCAAGGCCAAUUAUCGAGACCUGACGGCACCAUCGAAAUGGAGACUAUGUCACAGGAGAAUGCGAAAUCGCGCCACCCACUCGCAGGCAAGGACGAAUUCUCAUGGAGAACAGAUAUCUUUGCCCUGGGAACACUUCUUUACCACCUCUGGCACGGGCAUCUACCGUUUCCAGAACUGGAUGAAUUCGAUGACGAGGACUUAAUCCAAGCAAGAUAUCGGACAGGGCAAUACCCUAUCGACAUGACCUCUGUGACAGAUAUCGACAGGGUAAUUGGUAAAUGCUGGAGUUCGAGAUACGAAAGUAUGAGAGAGGUUCUUAAUGAUAUGCAAGACCUGAGUUUGGGAUAG